UGUGUCAGACACACACUUUUAAUCACGUUGUGUGUUUGGUGAUUUUCAUAUUCGAGUCCUCUGCAAGGUGGAGUAUGUCAGCGACUGCGACUAGACCCCCAGCUCAUCCAGGAUCUGAUGGAGGGAACCCAAGCUCUCGUACUAACAGUGGUGGGACAAACUGUGCCCAGCAGGAUCCAGGUCAGGACCCAGGAUCAUCAUCAUCAUCUCAUCCCCAACAUCCGGCUUUUGGCCGGCCUGUCUUCUACAUUCAUGCUCCACCUCCGCCUCCUCCACCUUUCCUCCAGUACCAGUGGCCCAUGCCCUUCUCUUAUAACCCUUUUGCAGGCUUCCCAGCCAUGAGCUACGGUAUGGUUGUACCCCCUCCUCCACUCCCUCCUCCCCCCUUUAUGGAGGCUCCAGCUUACUUUCUACCACACCCUCACAUGCAACCAUUUGACUACAGACGCUUGCUCCACCCACAGGUCCACACUCGGGGUGGGUCACACCAAAACUCUAACCAAACACACAGAAUCCGCACGCCUCAUACAGUCCCGUUCAGGGCAACUGUAAACUCAGAGGUUCAGACAGAACCAGUCCAGAGAGGCGCAAGUGUUUAUGAUGCUGGGUGGCAAGCAGCCGGUUCAGACUCUGGGAGAGGAACUGCUUCCAACUCUCCAGCCUCCACAGGCUCAGUCUCCCAAAAACGGGGUUAUGUUGGGGUUGUGAGCUACAAAUUACCCACCAGUGAUGCAAAAGACAGUCAGGUUGAUGAACCCUGCACCAGCAGCACCGUCAAGCAGGGGUUUGACAAAUAUCCUCCAGCUGUCGAGUCGUGUAUCAGAGCAACUCAGGAAAUACAGAUGGAUAAAGACAUGGUUGAUCAGGAGCCCCCCCUCAUCCCUCUAUGCAGAGACGUCCAUAUGUGGGUGAGUUCUCCAGACAGUGUGGCUCCUGUGUGCAGCUCAUCUCAAAAAGAGGAUGAGGUCUUUAAGGAAAGGCGCAUCUCUGUUCCUGACAUCCUGAUGGGUUGGGGAGGUGAUGUGCCACAAGCCAUCCUGAAGGUCACAGAUGGGGAGCUGCUGGACGAGCAACAGCAAACUGACAAUCCUGAAGCAGAGAAGCAUAAAUCUGUUUACCAGAGUUUGACCAAGAAUGCUUCCGAUGAUGGUCCAAUGCUCUUUAAGAUCCUCAGACUGCCCUGGGCUUUCAUUGGGCCUUUCUCAGACUCCAAAGGAGAUGGUGACCUUACUGAAUCUACCUGCAGAGAUGAACAGUGUUUUUCACCGAACUCAUCUCAGAUGUUCCUAAAUGUGACUGGGGCAGAUCCAUGUGAGGAUACGACGGAGAUUAUUCCCUAUAAAGUACAUUUAGGCAGCAGUCAGGUGAGAAGCCUGAAUGAGUCCGUCUGGUCCGUGGAGUCUCUGGCUCCUUUCAUCCCCACCAGAGACUGGCUGUUACAGAAUGGCGUGUUUGAGCCCAAGAUGAACGAGAUGAUGGAGGAAGAUGAAGAUGUUGGACUGUCAACACAACUUUUAAAAGUAACUGCUUCAGCGUGUCAGGAGAGGAGUUGCAGGUUGCAGCCAGAAAUGAAAAGUAAUGAUCCUGAAACGAGGCCAGAGCAAGACACAAGUCCCUCAGAGAAGGAAUCCUCGUCUUCCCCUGCACCCCUAGAAAUCGAAGCAUCUCCCCGUGCUGAAGAGGAAAAAGGGUCUUCUGAACCAGAGGCUCAUCAGAGCCCAAACCAGGAAUCUAACGAGUUGCAGGAGAAAAGCUCUUUACCUGAGGAAGAGACACUUCUCCUAAACUCUGCAGCAGAGGAGAUGAUCCAGCCAGUUUCCCAAAAUGGGGUGAAUGCUGAGGGGUAUGACAGAGGUCCAGUUACUGUCCAGGAGAAGGCUGAAGUGUCCCAGUCAAGGGGACACUUAGUGGACUGUGGAGUCCAGUGCAAUAAGAUAUGGGAACAUAAAUGUUUCUGUGAGCACUUGAGCUGCAGCGUGGAACUAAACAGAAAGCAGCCUUUUAAAUCAGAUUUGAAGAAUGCAAACAAGUCUGAAGCUUUCAGCAUGAGUGGAAACCAGCAGAAGAGGAGGAAUGGUCAGUGGAGGAACAGAAGUCAAGAACAACACGACGGUCAGCAGGAAAUCCAUAAUGGAUACUUCAAACCUGGUAAAUCAAAAGGUGGAAAUGGAAGAAAACCCCGAUACUGACCUCGUUCUGCUGGACUCUGGUUUUUAAAGAAAGAACUUAAAUGAAAUUAAUGUAAUAUUUUGUAUGUCAUGUAAUGAAUUUUGACAAUAAAGCAGAAGCUAGAUCACA